AUGCCCAAGCCCGAGCUGGAGUUCAAGCACCUCACCGACUUUGCGUGGGACAGGAAAGAGGGGUUUGCCCAGCAGAUUCUUGCUUACGACGAAGAGACUGGGGACACUACCAAGGUCGUCUCUCGAGACCCCGGACAUGAGCAGCACGGCCCCCCUCAGAUCCAUACCGACUUCUGGGAGGAGGUCUACAUAUUGUCGGGCUCCAUCUACGACAAGGGUCUAAAACAGUGGUUCCGCGCCGGCUCCUACUGUUGCCGACCUCCUGGUAUGAUUCAUGGUCCUUACAUUUCUUGCCCCGACGAGGGCGUCAAAAUGUUCGUCAAUGUCCGCUACGUCAGAAAGUCUGAUGUCCCCGACAACUCAUAA